AAAAACUGUUAGGACCUUGCUGUAAUAAGUAUAGGGAAAAAACAACCUCUGAUGACAUUCAAAGUCAACGAUGUCAUCUCUUGACUAGUGGGUGACGUCUGAAUCAUCUAGUUGAUGGGAAAUUUUUUGUUAGUGGGAAUAUUCUUUCCCUAAUUUAUGUAAUUUAUUGAUCAGUGUCAAAAAUUUCAGCAUACUUUUCAAAAUCCCGUCAUUUUUCUAAGCACCUUGAUUUUCAGAAACGACCCUUGAACUCAACUGGGGUUCGAUCGAAAAGUUAGGAUCACUGGAAAGCUACUUCGUUCUAGUAAGGUCAGAAUUGAUUGGAGUUGGAAAUGUGUACCAUUGGAUCCUGACCCAGUGGUCGAACGUUUAAGUACUCACCGAUCCUGAGUUUAACCCCUGAUUUUUUCAUGGGUCUACAAUGCUCAAGAAUCUUAUCCUAGAACCAAACAACCUGAUUCUCAAUGGCACCCCAAAUGAGGUCGGUCUGUGACAAAUAUCACCUACAAAUCCACCUUUUGUCAUCUCUUCACGUAUGAGAUUUGUCUAAAGCUAAAUCUGGUACCGGUAAAACGGUUGUUUUUGCUGUAGUUAUUUUGGAAGCAAUCAAUGUAAAACGACCUACUAUACAAGCAAUUGUUUUGUCACCAACUCGGGAAAUUGCAUUUCAAUCACAAAUGGUUAUUGAACGAUUAGCCAGUCAUAUACCAGGUUUAAAAUGUCAUCUAUUUGUCGGUGUUUCCAUCAAAGUCCCAAACAAUCAAAUAUCAACAGCAUUUCUCUUGAAUUCAUGGGGGGCGGGAUCGCAUUUCAAUGAAUUAAAAAAUAAAUAAAAGCAUCCAUAAACACUCAACGUUUUUGCAGCUAAAUAACUAUCACGUCUAUUUUACAUGUCAAACAAAUUAUUGGAUAGGGUUCUGGCAUCACAUGCUAAUAUCCUAUAUAAACUAAUCCCACACAAAAGUACGUUCAAGUCAGAGAUUUAAUGUAAGCAGAAACAUAUUCUGUAUACCGCUAUUAAGUUUAAAGAUUUAGACUAUGACAAUCAAAUAGUACUAUAACAUCCAUUAAAUAGAUUUAUAGUAAAAAUCCCCUUACCACAAUUCUUAAAAAAUGACCCUUAGCAAAACUAACCUGGAAAAUUUCGAGUUGACACUCCUUAGUAGUUGAAUCUAGUCCUUCUGUUAUUUUGAUCAUCAGUUAAUAUUUUAGCUUAGAAAGCUUAUUAUUAAGUGUCCAAUUAACCAUUCCAAAUAUAAAUUUAAAUCCUUUCAAUUCACCUGUAUCGAUAUGGGCUAACUGAAAUAAAAGAUCACUGGUAAGUGUUAUCAUAUUCAGUUGAAUUAAGUCAGAAGAUUGUCUUCCGUUCUUGAAUUGUAGAUUCAUCAUAAAUUUGGUUCUACUUCAUGAAAAUUAGAGAUGAAAAAAGUCAGUCACACCAGUCUACGGUAAACCAUAUAUAAAGAAGAAAAACCAAUCAACAUCGUGUAGUUGAACACCAACUAACGAAAAUGGAUCUAUCUAUUUAACUAAUAAAUAAAAUGUAAACAAGGGGAUUGUGCAGUAAAUCAGUGAUUAUAUUAUAUGAUUUACAUAGAUGAUUAAUAUAAUUUCUUGAUUUUAUUCUUAACACUCUUACUCAUCUUAACAAUUUGGUGUUUUGUCUGACUGCCAAAUAGCUCAGUUUAGCUAAGGCCUAUCAUAUGUUUGCUUUUUAAUUUCAAAUUAAACAAGUCUUCGAAAUUUCUAAUAAUUCAUAAAAAAGUAACUGAUUACUCUCUCAUUACUUAUGCUUUUCUUUUCUUUUUGUUUAGGCUUGCCCUUAGCUGAUGAUUUACGUCAUUUAUCCAACUGUCAUAUUGUUGUCGGUACACCAGGACGUGUUCGAUAUUUAUUGGAAGCUGGUUAUCUAUCUACUGAACAUGUAAGACAAUUUGUAUUAGAUGAAGCUGAUCUACUUCUAUCCGGUGGUACAGAUGCUAAAUUAACUGGUGGUAGUGCAAACAAUGCAUUUCCAGCUGAUAUUAAUUACAUUUGGUGGAGUUUACCACAAUCUAAACAAGUAUUAGCUUUGUCAGCUACCUAUACGGAUUAUUUAGUCAAUGAACAUCUUCCACGUUAUAUGAAUGAUCCAGCAAUUAUACGAUUAGCUGUCAAUGAUCCAGCUUUAAUAGGUGUACGUCAAUUUUUCCAUCUUAUUCAACCAACAACACGUGCUCCUAUUUCUGUAUUUGAUGCUAAAAUAAAAUUUCUAUGCAAAUUACUCAAUGCUACUGAAUUUCAACAAUGUUUAAUUUUUUCAAACUUUCAUAAUAAUGCUCAAGAUUUAUGUGAUGCAUUGUGUUCACGUGGUUGGCCAGUUAGUUAUAUAUCUAGUAGUUUAGAACAACGUGAACGUUUUCGUGCAUUCAAUAAAUUGCGUACAUUCCAGUGUCGUGUACUUAUUACCACAGAUUUAACUUCGCGUGGGAUCGAUGCAGAAAAUGUCAAUCUUGUAAUCAGUCUAGAAGUUCCCUGGGAGCAUGAAACUUAUGUACACCGAGUAGGACGUGCUGGUAGAUUCGGAAGCUACGGAGCUUCUGUAGUUAUUGUUUCAGAUGUAGGCGAUGAAUGUGAUCUAUUAAAAAAGUUACAAGCUAACUGUCCAACACAAAUUCGUGAAUUACCCGAUCCUAUACCAUCAGAUUUGGCAACACCGAAUUGUUCAAUUGAAUUGGAUAAUUUAGUGACAGUAACAAAUCGUAUGAAUAAUAUUCAACCGCGUGCAGUUAUGAAGACGACGACACCAAAAAUUAAAAAAAGUCAAAUGAAUAAUACUAAUGAGAGUAAACUACACAAUAAUUCAAUUCAAUCAUCAAAUGAAUUAACAUCAUUAUUAUUUAAACAAAAUGAAGAGAAUAUGGAAAAGAAGAAAUUAAUUUCUACUAAUUUAUUAAAUUCAAAAAAGAAACAAACGAAAUCUAUCACAAACAAUGAUCAUUAUCAAUCAAUAAAUGAUCAAAAUGCUUUAAUUGUACAGUUAUCAAAAUACAUGGAUAUAAUAGAAUCGGAAAUCGAUUCUGUAUCACCAUUGGGUACCACUAUAACUUGGGAAAAUAAAUUUGCACAGAAUGUGGAUGAAAUCGAAAAAAUUCUUCCAAAUUUACUCACUAGUUAUCAUAAAAAUGGUAUGCAGAAUUCGACUAAUUCAGAAAUUUCAAAAGAUGCAAACAGUGUUGAUAACCAGUUUAUUAACAAUUCUAAAGCUAAUCAACAUCUUAAUCGUCAUGAUCAUCAUGAAAGCGAUAUUAGUUAUACUACUCCAGAUGACGAUAGUAAUCACGACGAUGCUGUGAAUGAUAAGAAUAUCAAACCGAAAAACUUCACAUCAUAUUUUAAGAAGAAUUCUCCCACAACAAAUGAUAUUCACUGGACUUCUAGACAAAUUUCAGCGUGGUAUGAAUAUCAUAAAUUAGUCGACUAUGCAAAUUAUUUUUAUAACGAAUGGUAUUCUGCUAUGCAAGAAUAUGAUCAAGCUGUGGCCCAUUUAAAUCAAUUGCGACAAUUGCAACAUUGUACAGACUAACAAAGAGAAGCUUUCAAAUAAUUCCUUUCAAUGAACGUUCAUUUUCA